AGUAUUGUUCGGUUAUUAUCGGGGCAUCGCCUCUCCUUUUUUAUUAAACUGAAUGAGUGGCGGCGGCCCCCAGCCGCCUUUCACAAGGCAAUUUCCGGCAUCUCCAUCAUCAUCAACCUCUAGAGGUGUGGUCGAAGGCAGUGGCCAGCAACAACAACAACAGACGCCCCAGCAGGAACAGCAAGUUCGGUCAUCAUCCCAGCCCGGAGGGUGCUACUACCCACCCCCGCCCCCACAGGGCUUCACUGGUACUUCCGAGAUGGGUGGUGGUAGUGGAUACCCAGCCGCACCAGGCGGGGUAUAUGCAAUGCCUGCCCCUGCUGCUGGUGGUGGCGGCCCCUUCAUGAUACCUGCAUAUCCUAUGGGAGCCUAUGGACCAGGCAAGAAUAUGGCAUCACCCAUCAUGGGCAAUGUGUUGCCUGCUAUGGGUGGACACCAACAACAACACCCCCACCAGCAGGGAGGAGGAGGAGGAGGUCUCGGGUUCAAUUCCCGGGGAGGAAUGCAGCAACUCAGACCACACAACAGACGUGGAGGGAUGCCAGGCAGCUCCAAGCAGUUGGUUCACUUUGACGAGUCCUUAGCGGCAACCCAGACCGUCGACCGUGCUAUUGUGAGUGCCCUGAAGCAACCGCAACACAGACUAUUGCUGCUGGAGAUAGAGCCUGCUAUACACAAGAUGAUCACCGAGACCGACUCAGAAAGGCUGAAGCUCACGAAUCCACUUGGAAAGUAUCAGAGAAUGCUGAUACAUAAGCUCGGGGACUACUUUAGAAUGGAUCGAGAAGUUGACUACGCCAAAGGCUCUGAUAUGUGUACCGUAACUCUGGUACGAACUGAGCGGACGUGCGUGCCUAAUACCAUACUCCAAGAACUUUGUCGGAGUGCAUUAGAAGCAGCCGAGAUGGCUGAUGGCGGCCAGCCCUGGCCAUACGUGCCUAGGCAACAGCAGCAGCAGCAGUCUCACAGUCGUCAACAAGAAGAGUCUGACAGCAAUGUGGCGCGGCGAAGUGUAGAGCGAGCUCAUUCCGAUGAAGGGGUGCUUGAGGGAGAUGUGGACGAGCAUUGCAGUGAUGUGAGAGGCACCUGUAGUGAAGGUGGCGCUUCAGCUGAAGGGACUCCAUCAGAGGCAGGAGGGGAUCCGGCAGCAGCCACUGCGGGGGUGAAACGUCGUGGGGUGAAGAUCCUCAGGAGGGGCCCUGGGUCCAAGGGCAAGAAUACGAGGGCCUCGAGGCCUGAUGAGUCAUCGAGUGAUGAAGGCGGAAAGUAUUCAGAGGCUAAUCUCCUACAUAACCUUCCGGUUGACCUACGGGAAGAGCAUUACAACAAGAUUCGGGCUAAGAUUUUUCAAGAGGACGAUGGUACACCGUUGGUAUAUUCGAAUGAAGACCUGGCCGCUAUGGAGAGCGCUCGGAAGCACAUCCCCAAGGGCACCGAUCUGGACGAUCCAGAUUACAACCGCCAAGCAGUUUCUAUAAUACCACAAUUAGGCCGCGUGCAACAAGCGCCUCCUACGCUACUCAGCGACCCUGCAGCAUAUAAUGCCGCCUUUCCGGUACUAGGCGGGAGACCAACUUUUGAGGAUGAGACUCGGAAUAAGGAUACCCGACGUAGAGGAGGGAACAAGAGGCAACAACAACAACAGCAGUUCAAGCAGCAACAGUACAGUAGCAACGCGGGCGGCGCGCCGUACUCUCAUCACGUUGUCCCGAUGUCUCCUAUGAUGCCAUUGCCUCCGGGGGGCGCCCCUGGUACCACAGCUGAUGCUGCGACAAUUGCUGCCUUCCAGCAGGGAUACAUAGCUGCGACUAUGGCCGCUGCCGCAGCUGCCCAACAACAAGGUGUAGCUUGGACUCCGCCUCCUCCUCCGCCCCCUUCUAUCAACUUCUCCUCGUCAUCGCAACAACAACAACAACCAAAGGACAGUCUGCUUCCCAUCCCUAGCGGCGGUAGUCCGGCACAGUUCGCUGGAUACUAUCAUCAGCCUCAUGGGAUGUCAUUCCCGGCUGAAGGACCUACUGGGGUUCAACAGCAGCAACAGCAGCAGCAGCAGUGGGGAGCCGCCCUACCCUCACCACAGAAGGGUGGUAGAGGAGGAGGAGGCCGUCACGGAAACGCUCAGGGUGUGGGGAGAGGCAAUAGGGGAGGAUCGGUCCAGAGUCAUCAUCAGCAAGGUGGUAGUAGGAAGUCGAGUGACAUGGUGGUAGGCUCGUCAUUCCCUCAAGCUGGAUGGGCUGAUCCACAGCUACCAUCACCACAGGGGACGCCGAGGCUACAACAACAUCAACAGCAACCACAGCUUGAUCUCCUUCGACAACAAGGGAGGCUCCUACAGCAGCAGCAGGCUCAAAGAAUAAGUCAAACUGGACUGGAUACAAUAUCGAGAGGCGAACCCGGUAGCAUGAAGAGCAGUGUGGCCGCUCAAGGUGGUUCGGAUAUCCAGAGUGCUUCCCUAGCUGAGGGAUCUACUGCUACACCCACUGUCGGGGGAUCGACACUUUAGUGUUACACGUGACAUAUGAGUCGCCAGUGCUGGCUGGCUGGCACGGAUGAUACUACUCUCGUAUGGGGCAGCGCCUUUGUGUUGCUUCAGCUCAUCAAGACUGCUUUUGUUGUCUGCACACUCUCGGUCGUGUAUUCUUUUUGUCCUCUCAUCGCCCUCUUGUCCAUUCUUGUGCAACUAUCACCUGCUUCUCGUCUUCCUCACUACUGCUGCUGUAGAUAGGACUAGGGGUUAUGAUGAUGAUCAUAGUAUUGCAACAUCUACUACUUACCAUUAUCAACAACAUCGUUAAUCAA